UUGCCAUCCGCCAUAAAACGUCAAUAGAAGAAGAAAGAGCUCACGUGCGAUGUGUUUGUGUGUCCUCAGUUGAUGAUGGAUGUGAUGUGCUGUAAAUCAGUAGGAACUGAUCUGUCCAUGCUGGAUAUUGAUGAUUUCAUCACAGAAAUCUCUCAGCUGAAGAAAGAGGUGGCGUUACUGGAGACAAAGCUGAGGUUAAGAGGAGAUGAAGGACUGAAGAGAGAGGACUCCGAGCUCAGUCUGACUUUACUCUGUUAUACUGAGUCAAAGCACACAGACGCUCAGGACACUACAGUGUGUGACAGUAAUCAGGACUUACAGGAUGAUGAAUCUACUGAUCAAACCUCCACAGAGUCUCUGGAUUCUGUCUGUAACGCUGGAGAACAGCAGCAGAGACUCGAGAUGUGUUCAGUCAAACUCAUCGACUGCAGGAACCUCAUGAUGAAGAUCAAAACUGAACAAUCAGCAGAUGAAGAUCACACUAAGGAAGAUGACAGUCAUGAUGAUGAUGAUGAUUUUAUUCCUUCAGAUGUGAAGAGUGAAUCAUGUUCGGAUGGAGAAAUAACGUCCUCAACAUCAAAAGAACGACGGACAACACAAACCCAAGAGAAGAAAUUUCAUUCAAAAGAGCACAGAGAGAAGAAGAAGAAGAAGAAGAAGAAGAAGCAGUUUCACUGUCAGCAGUGUGGGAAGGAUUUUGGCUGCUUAUCUCAGCUAAAACUUCACAUGAGAACACACAGUGCUGAAAAGCCUUUCUGCUGCACUGAAUGUGGCAAUUACUUCAGAACCAAACACAAUCUUGAUGCUCAUCAGAGAAUUCACACAGGAGAAAAACCAUACGAGUGUCCUCACUGUGAGAAGAAAUUCUCACAAAAACAUCAUCUGAAGAAACACAUGCUUUUACACACUAAUGAGAGACCGUAUCAGUGCAGUGAAUGUGGAAAAACCUUUAGGGAUUCAGGUUCAUUAAAAUUACACCAGAAUAUUCACUCUGAAGAGAAACCCUAUCAAUGUUCACACUGUGAUAAAGGUUUCAGUCAUAAAUCUCAUCUUAUACGCCAUGAGAUAGUUCACACUGGAGAGAAACCUCAUCGCUGUAAUGUCUGUGGGAAGAGUUUCAAUCGACGUGGAAAUUUAGUGCCACACCUGAGAACUCAUACAGGAGAAAAACCUUACAAAUGCUCUCAGUGCGAGAAGACGUUUACUCAUUCAUGUUCUUUAAAAAACCAUGAGAGAAUUCAUACUGGAGAGAAACCUUACCACUGUGUUUGUGGGAAGAGUUUCAGACAACAUAGCAAUUUAAUGUCACACCAGAGAACUCAUAAAGGUGAAAAACCUUACAAAUGCUCUCAGUGUGAGAUUACAUUUGCUCAGUUAAAUACCUUAAAAAUACAUGAGAGACUUCAUACUGGAGAGAAAUCUUACGUCUGCUCGAUCUGUGAAGAGAGAUUUGCUGCUGCUAGAAGUCUUCAGCGUCAUCAGAAGAAGAAACAUACUGAAGAACAAACUACACUGAAAUCAUCAUAGUGCCUUAAAGAUAUUUGACAUGAAUGUUUAACGCACUAGAACAAAAACAAUUGUUUUCUAUAAAUGACAUUAAAUAAGGUUAUUUGCACCACAAAAAAGCUAAAGAAAUUGAACACACUGUGUCGAAUUUUCCAUCUUUUGCCCAGGUCCACCAAUGAGAUCUGAUCAUAACGCCACAUUCCCAGAGCCGCUGCUGUAUCUCAAAAGAGUGAGACGUGGCGGUACAGCACACAAAACUGUAUUUACAGCACAUGUUGCAAUCACACCAUUGAAACAUUUACGAAACUUUCAAAGUGAUGGAAAUACAUCCUGAAAUACAAAUUAAAACGAUCAAAAUACA